UCAAGGAUAAGGUAAUUGUCCUUCCGGUGAUAUGACACCAUGAAAAUUGUUUUCUUGAGGGAACGAACGUUAAUGCGAGCUUCUUGUCAACUUUCAGAGCGGCGGCGAAAUGCUCGUCGAAAUUGGCCUCUGGUUGCUGAUUGUAACGAUAUUAAUUUGGGCGGCGAUCGAUCCGAUAACGAGAAUAUGCCAGGGAUUAAUGGAAACGCUGUUACUAGUGUUUCAUUCAAAGCCUGUGGAUGUAAAAGCCAAAUUCGGCGAAUGGGCUGUGGUCACUGGCUCGACGGAUGGUAUAGGUAAAGCAUACGCCAUAGAGUUAGCUUCCAGAGGCGUAAAUUUGGUGCUAAUCAGCAGAAUACUCGAGAAACUUGAGAGAACCAAAUCCGAGAUCUCGCUGCUGCAUCCAGGAAUUCAGAUCAAAGUCAUUGUGGCUGAUUUUAGUAAAGGGCGAGAGCUUUUCCAGGACAUCGAAGAUCAGCUGAAGGAUAUUCAAGUUGGAAUCCUGGUGAAUAAUGUGGGAAAGCAGUACACUUACCCGAUGUAUCUUGGCGAAGUGCCAAAAGACGAACUGUGGGAAAUGAUUAACAUUAACGUAGGCGCGACGACGUUAAUGACAAGAAUCGUUAUCGGGCAGAUGAUGGAGCGUAGAAAGGGAGCCAUAGUUAAUAUUUCCUCCGGGUCCGAACUGCAGCCUCUGCCUCUGAUGACUGUCUACGCUGCGACAAAGAUAUUCAUCCGAAGUUUCUCGGAAGGACUCAGGAGUGAAUAUUCUCCAUUUGGAAUUACGGUCCAGCACCUCGCGCCUCUCUUUGUAAAUACUAAGAUGAACGCAUUUACACAAAGACUGCAGGUAUCUAGUAUUUUCGUACCCGAUGCGACGACGUACGCGAGGAACGCGGUUGCGACACUUGGAAAGAUAAACUCGAGCACAGGAUAUUGGGCGCACAGUAUUCAGCAUUUCUUUGUAACCCUACCUCCGAUCUGGAUUAGAACUAAGAUAGGCAAAGCGAUGAAUCAGGUAUUCAGAGAUGAUUAUCUAAAGCAAAAGAAGAUAUAAGCUGUAACUCCAUGCUCCAUGACAUAAAGAUACGUGAAAAUAUAUUUACAUUUAAGGUGACGUUAAAAA